UUGAACACAAUGGAGCGCUUGGGGCCAGCGGACCCAGAAGACGAUUUGGGAUCAUUCCCACGCCUUGCCCCUAGUCCGCACAGCGAAGCAGUGGCUCACGAACUCCAAGAGCUCUCCUUGCAUCCCGUACAGUGUUUGCCUCCCCUUAAUGAAAGGAAGAACGUACUUCAACUGAGGCUGCAGCAACGGCGGACACGCGAACAGCUGGUGGACCAGGGAAUCAUGCCACCUUUGAAGAGCCCAGCUGCCUUCCACGAGCAGAUCAAGAGCCUGGAAAGAGCCAGGACUGAAAAUUUUCUGAAGCACAAGAUACGCAGCAGACCUGAUCGCUCUGAGCUCGUCAGAAUGCACAUUCUAGAAGAGACAUUUGCAGAGCCUUCUCUGCAGGCAACUCAGAUGAAACUGAAGAGGGCACGCUUGGCGGACGACCUGAAUGAGAAGAUAGCCCAGAGGCCCGGCCCGAUGGAACUGGUGGAAAAGAACAUCCUUCCUGUCGAUUCCAGUGUUAAAGAAGCCAUUAUAGACUAUGUUGGUCCCUUAAUUAUACUGAUGGUGUCCGCCAAAGUAGCUGAACUGAAAAUGGAACUAAAACUGAGGGGAUUACCUGUGUCUGGAACAAAAAUGGACCUUAUUGAGCGCUUGAAAUCCUAUCAGGAUCUUAAUAACAAUUCUGUCAGCUCCAGCAACGCACUGGCUGCCACGACGUCCUCGAACAGUAUAAAUAAUCCUGGGGAAAUAGCUGCCAUAUUCCCUGUCAGUACCCUAAACAAGCCGGCCGCGACGUCCGUCCCCUGCUUUCCUUCGGAAACCCCGGUGGUUGGAACUGGUGGCAAGUCAGCGAAUAUGGAAUGCCUCAGUUCCUCCCUGCCCAUCUCCCCGUCUCCUUCGGAGCACUCGAAUCUCAGCGCCGACGACGCCACCAUGGCCGACACUUUGACUGAAAUCAUGACCCUGAUGUCGCCCCCGCAGCUCCCGGGCACGUCUCCCGCCCGAGCGCCCGCGAACGAAGACGGCCUCAUUGACGGAGGCGCGGAACUCGCAGCCGCCGAGAAGGACCGCCGGCUGAAAGAGAAAGAGAGGCAGAUCGAGGAGCUCAAACAAAAACUGGAACAGGAGCAGAAGCUGGUCGAGGUGCUGAAAAUGCAGCUGGAGGUGGAGAAAAGGGGCCACCAGCAGCCCCCACCAGCCCCGCAGGGUCCAGCGCCCGCGUUGAACCGGAAGUCCGUUGGCGCGAUAGUCAAAGAGGAAGUCGCUUUUGUCAACUGCUCUGACGGAAGACCGUCACUGUCUGAAGCCGGCCCAUCUGUGGGGCAAGCUGCCUCCGUGGGGGCCCAGAAUCUCAUUGCCAAAAAGGCUCCUGUUAUCAAGCAGGAGGUUCCUGUGGCCAAAGCGGAACCCCCGAACAUCGUGUCUCAGUUUUACGUCAGCUCGCAGGGGCAGCCUCCGACGGCCAUGGUGGCUCCUCCCCAGACUGUCCUUACUACACAGGGGACCGCCCAGCUGCUUCUGCCUCUCCCUCUCCAGGGUCCAAAUCCAGCCACUUCAGUGCAGCUUCCUGUGCGCAACGUCCAGGUACAGGUAUUUCCGUCUACCUCACCAAACGCAGUGUUUUCAUAUCAAAACCAGUCAGUGACAGCCGUGCCACAACCUUUGUUUAGUCAGGCAUCCAGUGCAGCUGUCCGCUCAGGAAACCAAGCCCCCCUGGUGCAAAACGGACCCAGCGCUCCUCAGAAGCCGGCCUCACCGCCUCAGUCUCAGCAGUACGGCAUCCGGCAGCCUCUAUUCAGCCAAUCAGUAACCAAGACGAAAGAUCCCCCACGCUAUGAAGAAGCCAUAAAACAGACACGCAGCGUGCAGGCUUCCCAACAAGAGGUUUCCUGUGCACACAGCCAGCAGAUGGACGACCUCUUCGACAUCCUCAUUAAGAGCGGAGAGAUUUCCCUGCCCACCAAGGAAGAGCCCUCUCUGAUUUCCAAAAUGAACCGGGUCACCGCCAGUAUCACCACGAUGCCGGUGAACACAGUGGUGUCUCGCCCGCCGCCCCAAGUCCAAAUGGCCCCUCCCCUCUCCUUAGAAUCCACAAGCAAUUUCUCUAUCUGUCUGGAGAACCAGCUGGAAGCCCUCUUGGAAGGAACUCUGCCGUCAGGGAACGAAAUGCCUCCGUUGGGGAGCGGCAGCGAGGACAGAGGACCCUUCUCUCUCAUCGAGGACCUUCAAAACGACCUCCUUAACCAUUCGGGCAUUAUAGAUCAUUCACAGUCACCGAUGGAAACAGCCGACUCGCAGUUCACCACGACUAGUUCCUGUUUAUCUCUCGAUCUUCCGGACACAAAUUUAGAUAACAUGGAAUGGCUGGACAUCACCAUGCCAAACAGUUCGUCGGGGUUGACACCCCUCAGCGCAACAACUCCAAGUAUGUUUUCAGCCGAUUUCCUCGAUCCCCAAGAUCUGCAGUUGCACUGGGACUAACUGCCACGGGGGGCAAAGCAUAGCGGAGCAUGGUUUUAAAAGCUCUAUUUACGCUACAGGUCCAUGGUUUCAUUAUCCUUACGUUUGGGAUCAUCUUUUGAAUGAUGUUUAGGGAUGAGAUAUAUAUAUAUAUUUAAAGCAUAAAAAGUGCUUCUAGGAAAGUGAUUAAAAAUGUUCCACGAAGAUAAGAGAGUCAGAAGGAGGCUUUUCAACUGUUGGACGUUCUGUUGCUGGCGAGGGAUUGGAUCUUAGUGUGUGGUAGCAGAGACGGUAGCAUCUGUUUGAGGAAAGGCUGUUUGAGGAAAGGCUUCUAACACUGCACCUGACUGUUCCUGUGAACAGCCUGAGCCAAGUUUAAGGUGCGUUUUGAAGAAGACCGGUGGACCUUUAGGCACAGUUGAAAACUGACCAUGUUUUGGAUUGCUUCCUGACUUUUUAAAGCAAGCCCCCGUACACGCACGCACACGCACCUGCACACACGCAACGCAGACUUUUAAAUCAAAGUAUUGACUUGUGACGUUAAUACGUGCCCGGAGAAAUUUUAGGAAGCAGAGCGGCUCACACCAAAAAGGCACCAUAGGCCAUGCAAUUUGAAACGCCCGUUCAUCUAUAUGACUGACAAGGUAUUUUCAGGUAUUUAUAUAUUUACAUCCAGUUGUUCCUCAGUUCUUCCGGGCAGGAUUUCCUCCUAAGAACUAGACAGACAGAAUACAAAAUCUUGUCUGAACGUCGCUUGGGAGGAGAGGAGAUCUGUUUGUUUUCCUCUCAGAAUUCUGAAUGUUCCACUUUUUUAAAAAAAAAAAUUAAAUCGUGAGUAUAAAUGACAGAUGUUCCUUCUCCUUAGCGUAGUGAGUGAAAUUUGGCUUUCUUCCAAAGAAGUGCUGUAGGGCAAAACCUGUCCAUCAAGGAGGAAUUGUGUAAGACAUUUAAAAGUUGCCAUGUACAAAGAUUUGAACCAUCUACCCUGCUAUUGUCCAGUGGGCACAAGCUCUGCCUUGGUUGCUAUUUAACUGGAGAUGCUAGGACCACUGUAAGCUCUUCCCAAAGAGACAGUCAUGGGGACUAACUCUUUGUUUGAGGUGGGUGAAGGGGAGCAAGGGAAGGAGAGGUGCUUGAGUGCAGAAAGAAACACUCUGCCCCUGAACUUUCUAUACCAAGGCCUUCUUUUCUUGUUCAGUACAACAUGGAACUGCACAUUUGAGGUCGAUAAUCUCAUAGACUGCUUAGCUCCUGAGCUACACUCAGAAACUCCACCGUUUUAGGAGGUUCUUCUAAUCCCCUGAAGGACUCUUUUGAAAACCACAAUCGUUCCACAGGGUCCUCAUUUCAGACUCCGCUCAAGCUAUGAGGGAGGAACCGUGCUUUAUCCUGCUUUAAUAGCAUUUUUCUUAAAACCAGGUUCUCUUCUCAGUCUCGAGGCAAGGAAAUAAUUUGACUUUUGGGAGUCAUAGGAAGCGAUCGGGUUUUAGACUGUAGCUGAUGACCAACAGUCUUUCUGCACUUGUGGCCUUGUUCAAAAUAAUAGUCAUAUCUUUUUUUAAAAAGGUGAAGUUUCCCCUUCAGUCAUGUCCGAGCCAGGGGUACCGCUGCAAGCAGUGAUUUCAUAGGCAAGCCGUUUUUGUGGGGUA